AUGUCUAACAUCCAGCUCCGCGAUGCGCGGUAUUCGGAAUUACCCAGGAUUGCCCAUGUCUUGGCACAAGCAUUUUGGGAAGACAACUUAUUUGGCCAGCUCAUACAUCCUCAUCGCAAUGAGUUCCCUGAUGAUGUAGACUUGUACUGGCUGCGGCGGGCACGUGUCAACUUUUGGGACAAUCGCCGACGAUGGCUUGUCGCUACAGACAAAGACAAAAACGGCGAAGAGCUGAUUGUCGGAGUUGCGCAAUGGGAACGAUUGGGGGAGGGAGGCAAGAAGCUGGAGCGCUGGUACUUGGAUCCACGAAAGAUCUCCAAGCCUUUGUCAUCGGUUGCCAUGAAAGUCCAUGCUUUAGUCUGGCCCAACCGUGCAAGUGAUCCAGUAGAAGAAGACAUCAUAGAGCGGUCAUAUCCUCACUUUGACAAUAUAUGGACCGGCAAGCGUGCUGAGUCGUGGUAUCUCGAAGCACUGGCAGUACACCCAGAAUAUCAGGGCAGAAAUAUAGGACGAAAACUUGUACAAUGGGGGCUUGAACGGGCUGAAGAGGAAGGCGUUUGCGCGUCGGUGGUCAGCGCCUUUGGUAAAGAUGAGUUCUAUACAAAAUGCGGAUUUGACGAGCAAUACGGGAGCGCCAGACAGGGCGACGGGAAUCCUUUGGCAGAUAUCGAUGGGGCAAAUAUAUUCUGGAAGUGGCCUAAAUCUAGCUCUUAG